CUAGCUAGUACCCGUCACCUCUCCUGGUGCAAUAACCAAUAACAACACUCUAUAAAGUAAGAGUCUACUACCUGUUAAUAGUAGCUCUCAUCACGUACGUGUAGUUAUGGCUUGCCCCUGUCAUUAGUUUCAUACAGUAGAGUAGUAGAGAUGGCAUUCACGCAAUGCUCACCAGAGUCCACCAAAGGAUUUGGACUUGUGGCAUUGCUCUUGACUCUCUUGGCUACUAUGGCACUGGACUUGCACCAAUUGGCUCGGACAGGGCGCUACAGCAACCAAAGACAAACAUUCGUCAUCGCCUCAAUUGUCCAUACAACAGGAAUACUAAUCAUUUUAUUCCGAGUGGGUAGCGCCCAUGACGAUAAAGGUGCUCCGAACAGGCACCACAAACCACCGAUUACGACUCUGACGGUAUCUACCCAUCCGGUUAUCAGCGACGUUACCAGUGCCGAAAGUGAAGAUAUUCACCAUCCCGAGGAAGAUGAAGAGCACGACAACAAGAGAAAGAAGAAGCUCUAUUCCGGAUUCCAUAAUAAUAACAAAGAGCUGGAGGAUGCAUCCAAGUAUGUAUCCAUGGGGUCUUCCUCUGGACUGGGAAACUCAGAGAGCUACGAUGAUGACAAUUACCAAAGCAAAAGCUUUCCUUGCUUCUGUGGGUUGUAUCUUUCUCUAAGUUUCUAUAUUGUCAUUGCAUUCUUGCUCUCCACGGUGCUGCUAAUGGGGUCACUCGAUCAACAAAUGAUGGACAGCUCCAGCUACCGAGAUAACCGCGAAAGCACAAAACUAGCAAGGGCACUCUUUGUGUCAACCUACGGAUUCUUCCUUGCUUGCACCAUCAUGUACUAUUACAACAAAUGCACAACAAUCUUCUCCGAGUCAAUCCCCGCUCUGUUUCGCAACACCAACAUGCACAUGGGGAUCUCCCUGUUGGUAGCCAUUGCAGCUGUGGCAUUGUCCAGAAAGGCCAUUGAGAUUCAGCAACAAGCCACAACACAACUAGGUACCCUCUACGGCACUGAUGAUGCAUCAUCCAGCACGAGCAGUUCUGGAAAAAACAACUCGCACAAGAAACUAUUCAUUGGAGAGGCAUGGGUGAACAGCGCAACUCUCGUCGAUAAUGGCGAAGACGUCACAUGUGAAGCAACCUCUGACGUUCUGCCGGUGCAGCUUUCGGUCGUGUACGGAGGGGAAUGGGCAUGCCCACGGAAUCCAUACAGCUAUUGUGAAGUUACCAUUCAGUCGGAAGUGGAAUGCGAGGAUCCCGAAGGCGGUCUAUCUCAAGAAAUGUCGCCAGAAGAUUACAUUUACUUUCGAUAUCAUGACUAUGGAGUUGACGAUGAUGAUGCUUAUGACACGCAACAGCAGCCAUCGUUCAUCUAUUGGAACAGACCAACGGAACCGAUAAUAGGUACUUGUGAUGGCACAUGCCAGGCACAAUCAGAGACCUGGGUGGAGGAUCAAUUCCGAACCUAUGCACAGAGUACGCACGCCUUGUACCUUUGUGCUGGUGUCGGCUUGUGCUUCCUUCUUUUGCCUCUUUGGAACCGAAUAAGGCCAAUGGGUCGACGGUAACUCUUUCCCAAGAAGGGCUGCUGAAGCAAAUUUUGAAGGCUUUAACGGAAUAGAUUUGUGAAGAUUCGAUUCUUCUGCUUGUGAGGUACAAGCGAGAGGUAUCGUAGUUGUAGCUGCAUGUUUCGUAGGGACGAAACAAACAUGAUUGUGAGCAAAAUGAGACUUCCGGUUUGGCAGUCUCCAAUGCUGUAAAAGAAUAAAAGGUUGAUAUUUGUAUGACGC